AUGUCAGUGAAACAUACUGCUUUUCCAGAUUCUCAGUUGAAUGGUUCACUUGAUUCCACUAACAAUCCGCACUUAAUUUCAAGGAUCAAAUACAUGCAAUAUGGUGAAUCUUUUUCAAAAUCAUUGCAACAGCCAAUACCAGAAAAUCUAUCGAAUUUGGAGAAAGUGGGUGAAAGCAGUGUUGUUGAACGCUAUUUGAAAUUGAAUAUUUUCACUUUAAAUUACUUAAAUUGCCAUCGCAGAUUUUGGAUGUCAUCUCGUUUCGUUAAAAUCCAGCCGGUUUUCUGUAUGGUUGUGAAACCAUUGAAAGCUGUUACCAAAAAGCAGUGGGCAAUUACAUUACGCAUAAUUGACGAAACUAAUAAAAGUCUUGAAUGCAUUCUUGAUAAUGCUCUUAUAAUUGGUCUGCUCGGCUUCACGUAUGAAGAUUGUGAGUCAGCUAUUGCGGCAAAUGAUAAAGUUCGAUUGAAUAUGUUUAGAAAUAGAGCAUUGGGGCUCUAUGAUAUAUUCAAACGUCUCGAUUUGUUAAUGACCAUCGAAUUGUCACCGAAAUUCAAUGUAAUUGCUAUUGUUCAUAAUAUAAGUAAUCUGGCUUCAGCUCUUGACUUAUGCUAA